AUGAUACACAAAAUCGAUGAAUUAGGUUCAUCUGCAGUAGAUAUGGACAUUCCUAAUGCAACUCCAAAGUCUACAAUCACCUCUGUGCGCGAGACGUCGACUCGCCAUGUUAAUAGUCCAUUUACUGGCGUUUUAGACAACGCUGAAAUGCUACGGUCAAUAGCAGUAGAUAUGGACAUUCCAUCUGCAACACCAAAGUCUACAAUCACAUCUCUGCACGAGACGUGGAGAAGUGAAUCUUGCAAUAGCAAAUUCCAAAGACAUGAUCGAUCAAGUAGAACUCCCUUUGCUGACAUAACCAACACGGUGCAACGCAAUACAUCACAUAACAAUAAUGACAGAGUUAAAGGAAAAGGGAAAAAAACAGAAAUGGAGAGCAAUAAUGGAAUAGACAAAGGGAAAGGCAAAUCUGUUAAUUUGGAGGAUGCAACUCUUAAAGAGUGGAGUCGAAACCUGUUUGAGGAGGAAUUUAGCACUAAUCCUAGCCGUGACAGUGUCUUAUAUGAUGAGAAUUUGGAAGAGACAAGAUGUGAACCUCAAAUUUUAUCGGAUGAUUCCGAGACUGACUUGGAAAAUUCACACGAAGUUGAUGAUGGAGAUGACCUGUUUGAUGAUGAAAGUGAUGUAGAAAAUGAUACAGAGAAUAACAAUCCAAAUGAAACCAAAUCCCAGAAGCGGUGUACUCGUGGUUCCAAAUACCUUAUACCUGAGGAAUAUGCUACCCUUGGUGGCCCUUCAAAAGUAUGCAGCUCGUGCAAUGCUAUGAUGUGGCAUGAGGAGCGUGUCAACAAGAACGUGACAAAAGGCCAACCACUGUUUUCUAUAUGUUGCAGAAAAGGAGAAGUUAAAUUACCAGAUCCAUUGCCGACUCCAAGUUAUCUGGAUAAUCUUUAUAAAGAUUUAACUAGAGGCCCAGAUUUCCAAAGAAGCAUCAGGAUCUACAAUGCUAUGUUUGCCUUCACUUCUGCUGGUGGGAAUGUUGACCAUUCUAUAAACAGAGGAAGGGGACCCUACAUAUAUCGGCUAAAUGGCCAAAAUCACCACGUGUUUGGUUCUUUAAUUCCUGAUGAUGGGGACACUCCCAAAUUCUGUCAGCUCUACAUAUAUGACACAACAAAUGAGGUUAAUAACCGUCUGCGUUGGGUGAAUGUUUCUGAUCAACAGCCUGUGGAUGCGGAGAUUGUAGAAGGAUUGAUUAGGAUGCUUGAUAAUACUAAUGAAUUGGCGAAAAAGUUCCGCAGUGCACGUGAUCGUUGGGAGAAUAACGAUAUUUGCGAUUUGAAAGUUGAACUUAAAGUAUGUCGUGCUGAGAAUGGGAGGGAAAAUCAUAUCUCUGCUUCCAAUGAAGUUGCUGGCAUUAUGGUUGGUUCUAGCUCAAACACUACUCCAGAUCGUGAUAUAAUUAUUGAGCCGAAGUUUGGAAAGCUAAAACGGGUAUCCUACAUUCAUCCAAAACUGAUGGCACUACAAUAUCCUCUUCUUUUCCCAAAUGGUGAAGACGGAUACCAUGACAAGAUUCCAUUUCAGAGUGCUGAUUUGUCUAAUCUUAAAGAGCGAGAUUAUAUAUCAAUGAAAGAUUAUUACGCUUACCGGUUCCACGUCAGGCAAAAUCAGUCUUUGACAGACCGUUUAGGUGGGAGGUUAUUCCAGCAGUAUGUUGUUGAUGCCUUUUCUUCCAUUGAACAGACACGUUUAUGGUGGUUUCGGAAGAAUCAAACAAUUCUGCGCAAUGAACUAUACAGUCAUAUUUGUGAUUCUGUUCGCAAAGGAGAUUUGGCUUCAUCUAAUGUUGGCAAAGGUGUCAUCUUACCAUCUGGAUUUGUAGGAUCAAAACGAUACAUGCAACAAAACUUUCAGGACGCGCUAGCUGUGUGCCGCCAUGUUGGUCACCCUGAUAUCUUCCUAACAAUGACAACAAAUCCAUUGUGGGAUGAAAUUCAAAAGAUGAUGCAGUUUCUUCCGGGCUGUAAGUCUGAAAAUUCACCGGAUAUCAUAUCUCGAGUGUUUCGCCUAAAAUUAGACCAGCUGACCACAGAUAUAAAGAAGAAAGCAUAUUUUGGUGUUUGUGUUGGAGUUUCAACAGUUAUGUAUGUUGUAGAGUUUCAGAAACGAGGUCUUCCCCAUGUGCAUAUGCUAAUUUGGCUUGAUAGUAAAUCCAAGAUUUAUCUGAAAAACAAUGUUGACAAAUUCGUGUCUGCGGAGAUACCUGAUCCUGUUAAAGAUCCUGUUGGAUAUGCUGCAGUGAAAGCUUUUAUGAUUCAUGGUCCGUGCGGACUGCAAAACACUAAAUCUCCCUGCAUGAAAGGUCUUAAAUGUAUUAGGCAUUUCCCUAAAAAGUACUCUGCCCGGACUACAUUUGAUGAAAGUGGGUUUCCUAUUUACCGGAGGCGAAGACAGAACAUAACUGUUAAAGUUCGUAAUGCAGAGUUGGAUAACCAAUGGGUGGUCCCUUACAAUCGCGAUUUGUUGGUCAAGUAUCAAUGUCACAUGAACAUUGAGAUUUGUUGCCAUGCUCGGAGUCUGAAAUACCUCUUUAAGUACUGUCUAAAGGGCCACGAUACUGCAACUGUACAUGUCACUGGAAGGAAGAAGAGAAGCUCAGUCCAGAAUCCCGGUGAAGGUCUAGAUGAAAUUGAUGCAUACUUUGAUGGUCGCUACAUCUGUGGUGCAGAGUCGGCUUACCGGAUUUUUGGUUUUCCUAUACACCAUCGCACAAUUUCUGUGGAGCGACUGCCAUUCCAUUUACCAGGUCAAAAAAACUGCACAUUCCAUUCUAGCCAACCAUUAGACAAGGUUGUUGAUCGUGAGAAGAAUAGGCUCAGCAAGUUGGAAGCAUUUUUUGAGUUAUGCACUGUUAAUGUAAUGGCUCAGCAAUAUACGUAUCAAGAAAUACCCGAGCAUUUCGUUUGGGAUGAUGGCCAUAGGAAAUGGAAUCCAAGGAAGAGAGGAUUUCAAAUUGGGCGACUAUCCUACACACAUCAUAGCAGUGGUGAAGUUUGGUUUAUGCGGCUUUUGCUAACCAAAGUACGUGGUCCAACUUCUUUCAAAAGUCUUAGGACUGUCAAUGGAAAAGAGUAUGAUUCUUUUCGUGAUGCUUGCAAAGAGUAUGGAUUGCUGGAUGAUGACAGGGAAUGGCAUGAGGUGUUAAAUCAAUGUUCGUCUGGUGGCUUACCUCCUCAAAUCAGGCAGCUUUUUGUUCACAUUAUUGUCAACUGCAAGGUCACUGAUUUAUUUGAUCUGUGGACUAUGCACUGGAAGCAAAUGGUCGAUGAUAUCGUUUUAAAAAGGAGGCGUUUAAAUAAUGAUGAUAGUUUGAUGCUGGAUGACAAGCAGCUGCAAUUUUAUGCCCUUGCAGAGAUUGAUGAUUUGCUCCGUUCAAUAGGCAAGUCAUUAAAAAAUUUUCCUCAACUGCCCCAACCACCGGAGAACUAUCUCAACCAUGGAACUAAUAAUCUGAUUCUAGAAGAAACCAACUACAAUAUUACUGAAAUGGAAAGAGAGAACCAGAAAUUGCUGUCUACCAUGAAUGAGGAACAAUUGAACGUGUACAAUGCAAUUUUAGAUUCUGUGGGGAAGAAUGAAGGUGGUCUUUAUUUUGUUCAUGGCAGCGGCGGUUGUGGCAAGACCUUCCUUUGGAGAACUUUGAUUUCCAAGUUAAGGUCACAAGGUGACAUUGUUCUUCCAGUUGCUUCUUCGGGGAUUGCUGCCACACUUAUGCCAGGAGGUCGAACUGCGCAUUCGAGGUUUAAGAUACCUAUUGUGCUUGACGAAUUAUCUGUUUGUGCUAUAGGAAAUAAAUCAGACAUUGCGGAGUUGAUUAGGCAUACAAAACUUAUUAUCUGGGAUGAGGCUCCGAUGCAACACAGGUUUGCUUUUGAAUGUUUUGACCGCUCACUCAGAGAUAUUAUGAAGUCGUCUGACCCAGCGCGCGCAGCUCUACCUUUUGGAGGAAUCACAGUAGUACUUGGAGGAGAUUUUAGGCAAAUUCUUCCAGUUAUACCUCAUGGAGACAGGGCUGAGAUAUUGGGAGCGUGUAUAACCAGGUCAAGACUUUGGAAUAUCUGUAAAAUCUUCAUUCUAAAAAGAAACAUGCGACUCAAUAAAGGGACGUCUCAGUCUGAAAUUGAUGAAGUCAAUGAAUUUGCCAAAUGGGUGCUUCAAGUAGGAGAUGGAAAUGUGGAAGGUGGUGAGGAAGCUGAAAAAACUUUUAAGGAGGAUGGUAUUCAGGUGCCUAUGAAAUUUUGUGAUUUGGAAAAUGACAACUCUGUCGAGAACAUGAUUCGCAGCAUAUAUCCAGAUUUUGUUGAGAAUUCAAGCAAUGCAAAGUAUUUGAGUGAUAGGGCCAUUUUGACUCCUACUAACCAAACUGUUGGUCACCUAAAUUCUCUCAUUGUGGAUAUGAUACCUGGCGACGCAGUGACUUAUUAUAGUGUUGAUAAUGCAGAAGAUUUUGCUGGCACAGAGGAUGAUUUACAGUCUGCAUUUCCUAUUGAGUAUCUGAAUUCUCUUAGCAUUCCAGGUAUGCCUGCUCAUGAUUUGAAGUUGAAGGUUGGUGUAGUUGUCAUGCUGAUGAGGAAUUUGAAUCAAACACUUGGACUUUGCAAUGGAACUAGAAUGAUUGUGACCAAGUGUUUGAAAUAUUGCGUAGAGUGUGAAGUGAUAUCUGGCACCUUCAUCGGAACAAGGCACUUUAUUCCUAGAAUGGAGUUAUGUCCAAGUGAUUCUGUACUCCCUUUCAAGCUGGUAAGGAAGCAAAUGCCCCUGCAAAUUUGCUAUGCUAUGACCAUAAACAAAUCUCAGGGACAAUCUUUAAAAACAGUUGGUCUAUUUCUCCCAAAACCUGUCUUCACACAUGAUCAGUUCUAUGUUGCUAUUAGCCGUGUGACAUCUCCUGGAGGUUUAAAGAUUUUUAUUGAUGACGACCGUGGUUUUCCAACUAAUAUUACCCAAAAUGUAGUGUACAAAGAAGUUUUCUAUGCGCUGCCUAGGUAG